AUGGAGAAAUUUACGCGAUGGAGAGAUCCCAGCACUGGCAUCGCACCGUUUUAUCCUAUUAGACAAUACGAAAACAUUUCACUCGCUAUUCUGAUACCUCUAAGAAUAUCUUUAUCCGUAAUUCGGGGAUCCUUGGUUGCCUUUGUUUUUUUCGUUUAUUUUGUUUUAACAACAAUUUUAAAUUUCUUAUUCGGAAAAGCAUGUCCAAAGCUUGUGAGUUUCGUUCAUAACAGCCUCUUGCAAUUGAUUCUCUUCUUGCUGGGCUUUCUUAACACUCGUUUUACUAAAAUUGGUUCGUUUGUUCAGGGAGAUAGUUUACAGCCUGGUGACAUUAUUGCUGUCAAUCAUACAAGUCCCAUCGAUGUGUUAAUUUUGGCCCUUCGGUAUAAUCCUGUAUUUGUGGCUUCCUAUGCAGAUUCCCAAUAUGUUACAACCAGUUCGACGUGGACUGAGUUCAAACAGUGUUUUAAUUCCGAAAAAAGAAAGACGCCCGUGAAAGGUGCAAUCACACUUAGUAAAGCGGCUAAUUACGCUCAUCAGAAGAAGCGGUUGUUGGUCGUGUUUCCAGAGGGAUUUUGUUCCAAUGGUAGAGCAAUUUGCAAGUUUACAAACUGCUUGACUUCUGCGGGUCCACAAGACCGCAUUUUUUUGCUGUACAUUAAAUACAUGCAGGGUGAUCUUACACUCGGUGUCCCCUCUAUCGUUGCGUUUGCAAAAACUUUUUUCUCUUACUUUGUAUUUGAAACUCGCCUUCGAUUUUCCGCGGAACCAAUCAUCCCUCGAAACACGCUGGAUGUCACAAAAGAAGUAAGUGAGCAGUUGGCAAAAUUGGGAAGAGUACGUCAAGUUCAACUUGGUUUAUCUGAUCGUGAAGAGUUUUUACAAUAUUGGUUUCACACAAAAAGAGGAAAAAGCGCGUAAUUGAAUCGCUGUAAUGAAUGGAUGACAGUUACGAUAUCAUUGUGCAUUCCUUUACCAAACCUCCUCGAUAAAUUUGAAAGGAGGUGUUGUUUGCCAUUCUUUCAUUACCUGUUGUGCUUCUUGUAAGGUGCAUUUUAGAUACUUCAUUGUGACUUCUAGCAGUACUUGUUCAAUAUCUUUGACAAGACCAUGACCAGAACCACAAAGGUAAAUGUGCCCAUUCUUAUCGUUAAUAACGUCCCAGACGAUUCCCGGAUUUCUUUUCAGAGCAUCUUGAACAUGUUCUUUCCGGCCGACUCUGGACUCGGCCAAGAUUUUUAUGACUUUCUGGUUGUUCAUUGAGAUGUUUCUUAAAUCUUCACUAAAUAGCUCAUCCUUGGUGUGAUCUCGACAUCCUUGAAAUAUCCAGAUGUUCCCCAUGUUUGAUGGGUUAGACAAUCGUCUUUGUACAAAACCUCGAAACGGUGCUAUACCAACACCUACUCCAAUAAGAAUCAUAGGACCUUUAUCCUUGAAAUUUAAGGCAAACUGGUUGCGCUGUAGGCCUCUAUACAUUGGUAACAGUACCACAUUUUCUGAUGUUGCUUUACCAUUGUGCUUUGCGGACAUUACCAUCUGGGCUAAUCGUUCCAGAAAUCCGGAACCAAUUCCUUUAUAGGAUAUGUUGUUAAGAUCUUUAAACUCUUGUACUGUUACGGCAAACUCAAGUGAGCCAGGUGUUAACUUGGGAUCAUUAGACAUAGAAUACCACCUUGGCAUAAGUUGCGGUAAUACGCUCAACAAAUAGUCAAUUGAGGGCGUGGAAUGAGGAAACAUUUCUAAAAGUUGAAGGACGGUAAUGUUGUAUGAACUUGUGUUCGGGUAACACAGGUUGCUCG